AUGGGGAUGCAGGCCGCAAUGUCUCUGUUGGCCAGUUGGUUCGCUCGUGCCGUCACCGUGGCCCGCAGCAGUGAGGAAUCAGGGCUUGACUCGGCCUUGCGGGCCGCCAUCCGCCAGACUCAAGACAUCUCCGGUGGAGAUGAGCAAGGAAAAGGAAAAUCUGGUCCGAUUCGGGAGAUGGCCGUCGUGUGGACUGGGGGAAUCCGGAGAAUGCUGCGUGGGCGACCAACCAUGCCAGAUCUCCCGCCCAGCCCUAACGGGACCCACGAGGAGAUCCCUCACGCCUCGCCCCGAACUCGCUCCCUCUGGAAAGCCAGCUUCUGUGUGGUGGGACUGUGUCUCUUCUCGUCGGCGAACAGAUACGACGGCUCCCUUCUCAACAGCCUGCAGGCCCUGGAUCCGUGGAUGGCAUUCAUGCAGCAUCCGGCCGGCGCGUGGCUGGGGUUCAUCAACGCCAUCUACUGGGCUGGGUCGGGACGUUCUUCGGCUCGUUGCUGUCGGCGCAGCUCACCAGUCGAUACGGACGCAAGAUGGGCAUCGCAGUGGGCCUUCCCCCGCGGGCUCUUGCAUUGA